GUUCGGGCAGCAGCAGCAGCAGCAGCAGCCGGCUGACUCAACCUUCAGCUCCGGCUUCACUUCCAGCCGUCCUGCGCCACCUCACCUGGCUCCACCUGGACAGCGCCGUCUUUAUCCGAGUCAUGGGCAUCAGCGGGCAGCAUCUCACGGUGUAGCCAGGAGGAUUCGUUGAUCGCCAGAGAAUCAUGGAGCCUGACGUGAUCCGCAUGUACUCCUCCUCUCCGCCCCCGAUGGAGGACGGCGCCGAGGAAGAGGACGACGAGUUCGGAGACUUCGGCACUUUCUCCGGCGUACCGAACAGCAUCAGCUUCACCGAAUUUGACACCCCGACCACUUUCAACCAGACCCAGGCUUUGGCCGCCACCUCCCCGCCCGAGCUCAUCAACAACCGAGGGGUGAUCGGAUUCAGCCACAGCUCCUCUAACGGCACCCACAACCCCGCCAACGAGCUGUCCAAGGCUAAUGGCGUCGUGCCAGCGAGCCACCUGGGCAGCGGUCCUUCAGAAAGAACUGACGUGAAAAAGGUCCUCUCCAGCUCUCUGGAUCUCUCCGUGAGCACCACAGCUGGCAGUCAGCCCGCUGAUUGCAACGGCGGAGGUACAGAGGUGCUAACAAACGGGUUUGCAACCUUCGACGUUCAGGGAAGCCCUUCCUCGCACGAUUCUGUCCACUCUCAUAUAAAAGGAACGUCCACUGAGGACACGGGCAGCGUCCCUGUCGGCAGCCCGGAGGACGAUUUUGCAGACUUUGCUGCUUUUUCCAAUGCUGAAGGACACGUCAGCCAGACGGCAAACGAGGACUUGGACAAUCCCACAGAGGGCAGCUGGCCAGCGGAGGCCGUCUGCCAUGAAGAGCACUGUAAUGUAGAGCAGGGAACAACUUCAGAGGACAGUGUCAGGGACACAAACAGAACUGGACCCGACACGUCCGGCUCUGAUUCCAUAUCUGUUCCCGCUGAGGCCCCGGACGGCUCGUGCAACACGGACCGGGGCUCUCACACGGAUGCUGACUCUCAACAAAGGGACGUAGCCUUUGCACACGAGCACUCUGAGGCAGUUUGCACUAAGAAACCCCUCGCUCUGAACGGGGUGGAUGUAGCCGACAGGGAUGACUCCAAAGACGCCGCGCCGGGCUGCAACGAAAGCGACCUCUCGCCUGACACCGCCGCAGACGGCGAGGCGGGACGGUCAGACGGGAAGGGCUCGGGGAACGAGACCGAGACGGAAACGGAGACCGAGACGUCAUUCGGCCGGCCGCUGUCGACAGAUGCUCUAGAGGAGUACGGCGACAUGAGCACCACGGGCUCCGUGCCCUCUCCGCCCCUCCAAGAGGACACCGCCACGCCCGCCGACCACAGCCAGCUGGCCGAGGACGACGAGGACUUCGGGGACUUCGGAGACGCCGGCUCCUUCGGCGGUCAGGGCUUUGCUGAUUUUGAGAAGCUGGAGGUUCAGCAGGAUGAGAGCAGGUCACACGGCUCUCCUCCUCCUCCUCCUCAGCAGGAAGCUGCGGCCGCUGAGGACGACGAAGACGACUUCGGUGACUUCAACUCCCCCAAAUUUCACAGCGGUGGAACCGAGGGGGAGGACGGAGGCAAGUUCGCAGACUUCCCCGUCAGCGACAGUUUUGGGAAUUUCAGCUCAGCUGUUGAGGGCACAGAGGGCGAAGCGAACGCAGGGUGGAGCGCCUUCGGGGAGCCGGAGCAGCAGCAGCAGCAGCGGCGGCGGCAGGAGGAGGAGGAGGAAGAGGAGGAGGAGGAGUCCUGGGCAGCGUUCAGCUCGGAGGAGAGCGCCGCUCCUCCUGCAGGGAGCAGAGAGGAGGACUGGCAUGAAAGUGAACCUCCGGCCUUCAGUGAGCAAACCAGCAGGACGGACACACAGUCGGCGUCGCUGUCGAGCCGUCUGGAGAAGCUGUUUCACAGCAGCUUCCCUCAGACCGCCGCCGCCGCCGCCGCCACCCAGGUGGAGGAGGAAGUGUUGUCCCUGAAGAUCCUGCUGGAGCCUCCGGAGGACAAACCGGCGCCGCAGCAGCCGGGAGGCGAUGAGGAGAAGAGGUCGCCAUGCAACAGGGCCGUGCGUGGCAGCGUGUGGACGCAGCUGCAGGACAUCCACGAGGCGCUCGGCCUCAGAUAUCAGUGGGGGGGCUCCUACUGCAACAAAGCACUACUCUGCUGUCUGGGCAUCGACACCCGGAACAUCCUGUUCACCGGACAGAAGAAGCAGCCGGUCAUCGUGCCCAUGUACGCCGCCAGCCUGGGGAUGCUGGAACCAACAAAAGAGCCCGUGAAGCCCGUCUCUGCAGCAGAGAUGAUCGCUUCUAUAGCUCAGGCGCCUCCAGCGGCUCCUGAGAAAAGCUCCUGUCCCUCAGACACAGUCCAGCAGGAGGCGCUCCCACCCGUCCAGUUCGACUGGAGCAGCAGUGGCCUUACCAACCCUCUGGACGCGAGCGGAGGCUCGUCUCUGUUAAACCUGGAUUUCUUUGGUCCUGUGGAGGACUCUGGCUCCACCAGCUCGCCCUCCAUCCCAGGCGUGGAUCCCGAGCUGUACGAGCUGACGACCGCCAAGCUGGACCCCAGCAGCUCCGGCAGCCGGGUGGCAGAUGCCUUCGCCCGCCUGAUGUCCACCAUGGAGAAGACCAGCACCUCCACCAGGAAGCCGCGGAAGGAUGAGAACCUGAGCGAGGAGGCGGCGAAAGUGAUCGCGGGUCUGCCGGACCUUUCCUUCAUGCAGGCCAAGGUGCUGAUGUUUCCCGCCACGCUGACGCCGCUGGGCUGCCAGGCCACGCCAGACUGAAGCCCCGCCUCCUCAACUGACCACACCUCCUGACACCCCUCCCCCCCACACACCCCUCCCCCUCACACUCUUUUUCUGGCCCCUCCCCUUGACACUGGUCACGCCCACCGACUCCUCGGUCCAUUUUUUUUUUUUUUUUUUUGUCUUUGCUGCAGCUUUGGUCCUCCCUCCUUUUCACAUUUUUAAAAAAAAAAAAGUUGCGCUUAUGUUUUUUCCAACCUAUAAUUUUUAAAAAAUAAAUCAAAGCAUUUAUCGCCAUGGAAACAGCUUGGAUGUCGAGGAGGGGGGGGGGGGGGGAGUCUGCACAUUUAAAGGAUUAGGAGAUUCAUUAGGAGAUCAGAUAAUUAACUUAUAGAGCUGAUAAUUUAUAGAGGAAGGUUUAGACGUGUGUGUGCUGUUCAUAUCUAGAAGAAUCAUCGUGUAUAUAAUCAGGGAUAUAAAAAGGUUAAUUUUACCCGUUUUUUUUUUUUUUUUGUUUGUUUUUUUAAAUUCUGGAUGAUUUUUUGGAGGAUGGUUUUUACGUGUCUGUGGUUGGGAGUGUGUUCAUGUCUGUCUGUGAAGGAAACGAAACACUGGCUGAAUCAAACUGAAGUGGAAUAUAUGUGACAAGUAUAAAUUAAUAUGUUUAUAUACAUAUAUAUAAAAUCUCUAUAUAUAUUUAUCGACUUGAAACCACACUGCCUGCAAAAUCCAGCUGAAUGUUUUGUCCCCUCGUUGUGUUUAAAGGCCUUCGUUUUUACCUUCAGUCGGUGUAGAUUUUAACCCGAUUUUCUUUAACUUGCAGCGUCCAUUCUGUGUUUUUUCCUCUUUUUUUUUUUUUUGUAAUUUAAUGCAGCUUUUUAACAUAAAUUAUGCCCUCACACCCCUCCCCACUACUGCUGCAUCCAUCCUCAGUAGAUACGCAGGAUGACUGUUGUCCGUUUUAUCUUUUAGUUUGGGAAACUUCCACCGACCAAACGCCGGCGAGUUGACGUGUCCUCAGUUGUCGUUUUUUUUUUUUUUUUGGAGGCUUUAUUUUUUAUUAUUCCAACGUUAUAUAAUCUGACAGAUGUGCUCGCUGUUGUGCACGGCAGAUAAAAAAAAAAAGUUUCCCUCCUCCUUGUUUGUGUCCACUCUCUUACUGUUAUUUUUUGUUUUUUGGGGGGGGGGGAGGGGGUGAAGAAUGGGACAUUUUGGUUAAAACCACUGAAACUCGGUGAAAGUUUCUCAGCAGUGAAGGUCGACUCACAUCAGAAGGGAAUUAAGGGACCAAUUUCUGCUUCCAUGUGUUGGGUUUAUGUACACUGUUCCUAAGAUGAAGUGCUUUUUUGUUGUCGCAGCUCUUACUCGCUCAUAUUUUUUGUUUUUUUUUUGUUUUUGUUUUUUUGCUCAUACUACUGUCAGCCCCGUCUCCCAGGAGGAUUUUGCACAUUGUAAAGAUGAAAUGGAUGUAAUCAUAGUUCACUGUGGCUUUAGACUGUGUACAGUUAAACUAUGGACUGUAAAAUGUACGGGAAAAUUCCUAUGGAAAAAAACUGAAUCACUUGAAGAGCCUGUCAAAAGGUUAUCGUGCAUGCCCAGGUUCUUUUGAGACUAUAAGUGUGUAAAUUUUACUUUUAGUGUACACAAGAAAUUAAAAUAAUUUAAGAGAAA